AUGUCUGGUCUCCCCCUCUCAGACCCCUGCAUCUCGUUCUGGCAGCAAACAACCAGAUCGUUUCCUUACCUCAACCACAAUGAGGACAAGCCGGUACCCAAUGCCUCGAAAUACGUUGUCAUCGGGUCUGGCAUUUCCGGCGGUCUGACAGCUUACAAGCUGAUCGAGGAUGGAGUCUCCGGGUCAGACAUUGUGAUUCUCGAGGCAAGGGAAGCAGCAAGCGGUGCCAGCUCUCGUAACGCGGGUCACGUUAGACCGGACGCAUUUCGAGGUUUCACGACGUUCAAAAAGCUCCAUGGCGAGGAGCAAGCCGUGAAGAUCAUCCAAAACGAGAGAGCCGUCUUCCACGCCGUCGAUGACUUCGUCAAGAAGCACGGCGUGCAGUGCGACUUCAACCCGACCACUACCUUCGACGUUUGCUUGACCCAGGAAUUCGCCGACCACAACGCGCAAAGUCUCAAGGCAUACCAAGAAGCCGGCGGCGAUGUGUCGCAUAUCAAGUUCUACUCGGGCGAAGAAGCCCAGAAGAAGACCGGAGUCAAAGGAGCCUUGUGCGCAUACGAAUGGCCGGCGGGAUCUAGUCAUCCUGCCAAACUUUCGCAGUGGCUUCUUACACAGAGCAUCGAGAAAGGCGCGACGCUUUACACCCAUUGCCCGGCGACGUCUGUAACCAAAUCAUCAUCAUCGAGCGCAGACGAGACCUUCUGGGACGUCAAGACCCCGCGCGGCACCAUCUCAACUCCCACAGUAAUCCACUGCACCAACGCUUUCGCGUCGCAUUUGCUGCCGCAACUCUCUCACUUCGUCAAUCCCGAGCGCGCCCAAGCCCACGCCUUCGUUCCGCCAGCGGCACUCACCGGUACAAAGAUCCUUCCAAGCACAAUGUCGUUGAGACAUGGUCUGAAGCACUUCUACUCGGUGUGCCAGCGCCGCGCAGACGGCGUCAUCAUCAUCGGAGCGGCUCUAUCGAGUCCGUUCGUCAGUGAGGCGACAAACAUCGAGCGGCUAACUACCAACGACCGCGUCGUCAGUGAAGAAACCCGCGAUGAUUCCGUAGCGAACUUCCAGAAUUGUUUCCCGGACUGCAAGCCGGAGAAGCUGAGGCGAGGCGAGGGCUUGCUGCAUGCAUGGACAGGCAUCAUUGGAAUGACUCCGGAUAUGGUGCCCUUCAUUGGGAAAGUCGACGGGUCUCCGGGCCAGUGGGUGUGUGCCGGUUUCAACGGCCACGGCAUGGCGAGAAUCUUUACUUGCGCUCCAGGUCUCACGAAAAUGAUUCUUGGAGGGACAUGGGAGGAGACCGGAUUGCCCGAGUGUUUUGCGUUGACUGCCGAACGGUUGGAAAAAUUGAAGGCGAGCCAGCACGAAUAG